GCUAGUUAGUGAACUGGAAUCUCCAAUCACAGCUCUCUCUCUCUCUUUUUUUUCCAGAAGAGUUUAUAUGAGUGAUCUGUAAGGACUUUGGACAUCCACUGUUGAGGAGAUACAUGCACUGUUGAGGAGAUACAUGCACUCUUAGGGAUCAAUUUCUUUUUGGAUCUAGGCUGUUGGGAGUGGUGUGGAGUGAUUAAAAAAAAAUAGAAACAAACAACAGACCUGCUAAAGCUUUGUACUCAGAAAGAAGAAGAAAAGCAUGGAAGCAGAAAUGAAUGAGAAGGUAAAAAAGAGGGGGAGAUACCACAUCCAGCGAGAAGUCAUGGAUGAAUCCAAAGUUGAUGAACUUGGAGAAAAAUCAGAUGUCCAAACAUCACUGAUGAGCAAAAUAAAGGAGUCGAUGAGGUGUUCUGGUCCUCGUGUGAAGAGCUGCUUUCUGUCGAGUAUUCCCCUGCUGUCAUGGCUGCCACGUUACCCACUAAGGGAAAAUGCUGUCGGAGACCUUGUCUCAGGAAUCAGUGUGGGCAUCAUGCACCUGCCACAAGGAAUGGCAUAUGCACUGCUAGCUGCUGUCCCACCUGUGUUUGGCCUCUACUCAUCUUUCUACCCGAUCCUUCUCUACUUCAUCUUUGGGACCUCUCAGCAUAUCUCAGUGGGUACAUACGCAGUGAUGAGUGUGAUGAUCGGUGGUGUGACAGAGCGCAUGGCUCCUGAUACAGAUUUCAUGAUCUUUAACAACAUUUCCAAUGGCAGCAUUAUAGACACUGUUGCCCGUGACCACGAGAGGGUCAAGAUUGCUGUGGCUGUCACAUUUUUAUCUGGCAUCUUUCAGUUGCUCCUAGGCUUGGUGCAGUUUGGAUUUGUGGUCACAUAUCUUUCUGAGCCUUUGGUUCGAGGCUACACUACAGCAGCAGCCAUUCACGUUAUUGUGUCACAGUUUAAAUACACAUUUGGGAUCAGCCCAAAGCGCUACAGUGGACCUCUCUCUCUUAUAUAUACGGUGAUAGACGUGUGCUCUUUGUUGGCCGAGACAAACAUUGGGACACUAGUUGUGAGCAUCGUAACUAUUGUUGGUCUGAUCAUUGCAAAGGAAAUAAAUACCUAUCUGGCACGUAAACUUCCUGUUCCUAUUCCUGUUGAGCUUCUUGCUAUCAUUAUAGCUACUGUACUGUCAUGGCAAUUCGAUUUUAAGACUCAGUACAAUGUGGAAGUUGUAGGUUCGAUACCAUCAGGUUUGCAGGCUCCAGUCUUGCCUGCAUUCUCUAUGAUGGGAUCUAUGAUCGGUGAUGCGUUUGCUCUGGCUGUUGUGGGUUACGGUAUUGCCAUCUCCCUUGGCCGUAUCUUUGCUCUCAAAUAUGGCUACAAAGUCGACAGCAAUCAGGAGCUGAUAGCAUUAGGGCUGAGCAACUCAAUCGGAGCCAUGUUCCAGUGCUUCGCCAUCAGCUGCUCCAUGUCUCGCUCUAUGGUGCAAAUUAGUGCAGGGGGAAAGACUCAGGUUGCAGGUGCUCUCUCAGCUCUAGUGAUUCUUGUGAUCUUGCUAAAGAUAGGAGAACUCUUUGAGGAGCUGCCGAAGGCUGUAUUGGCUGCUGUUAUCUAUGUGAACCUGCAAGGCAUGUUGAAGCAGUUUACAGACAUUCGGACCCUCUGGAGGAGCAACAGAGUGGAUAUGCUUGUCUGGGUGAUGACAUUUAUUCUCACAAUCCUGUUAAAUCCUGAUCUGGGUUUGGCAGCAUCCAUCGCCUUCUCCAUGCUCACCGUCAUAUUCAGAACUCAGCUACCGAGGUAUUCUGUCCUUGGUCAGUUACCUGGCACGGACAUCUACAAACCCAUAGAGGACUAUAACCAGGUUACACAGAUUUCAGGUCUUGUGAUUUUUCGUUGCUCUGCUACACUGUAUUUUGCGAAUGCAGAGAUGUAUAUAGAGCACCUAUAUGAGAAGAGUGGGGUAGAUGUGCCCAAACUUCUCUCACACAAGAAGAAGCUUGAGGCAAAGAGACUCAGGAAAGAGAAGAAAGAGGCAAAGCGAGCAAAAAAACAAGCAAAGGUGGAGGGGGAAGAAAUGUCAGACAGGGAGGGAAAAUAUGAAGUUUCAGUGAUAGUGUGUCCAGAGCUUGACCAGGGUCAUGACCCCACUAUACCCAAGGCCAUCAUCCUCGAUUUGAGUCCAGUGAACUUCCUGGAUACAGUGGGAGUGAAAACUUUACGCAAUAUCCAUAAGGACUUUGGGGAGGCUGGAAUUAAAGUGUAUCUAUCAGGCUGUCAAAGUUGUGUUACUGACAGUUUGGGAAGGGGAGAUUUCUUCAAUGACAAAGUGACUAAAGCGAUUCUCUUUUCCACUGUCCAUGAUGCUGUUCUUCACUACCAAGGAGAAAACACACCGGAGCCUAAAAAGGCCACACAUUUCUGAACCCGAAUCGAUCCACAGGGCAUCCUGAGUGUGGCAAUAAAUAUGUGAAGUUUUAAAAAUAUGUAUGUAUAUUUUCAAGUUUAACACCACUCUGUUAAAACCACUCUGUUACAAAAAUUUUGUUUGUGGGUUUUUUUUUUAUUACUUGUGUAUUUCUCAGUUAUUUCAUUAAUAACUGACAAAAAACGAUUGCUGGUAGUUGUGUUAAUGUCAUUAUAUUCUGUGUAAACAUCAGCACAUUAUGAUAUAUUAAUAUAAUAUAAUAUAAUAUAUUACAUUGUAUAGUGUCAUUUGUAUAACACGGUAUGACAUCUGUCAGACAUUUCAUAAGCCAAUAAAGACAUGAUAUAUGGACUAUAUGGACAAAUGACACAUGACUAUACAAUUUGCAUGGACAUUUUAAAUAUUCCAUUCCACAUUUAGUUUCCUAUUUUCAGUUAUAUUAACAGAAAAAUAUGUUCCACUAGAUUAUGUAGUGUACUUGAGGAGAUUGGUGCUUAUUCAGCCACAAGGGUGUUAGUUAAGUCAGGUAUUGAUGUAGGCUGAGGAGGCCUGGGGUGCGGUCAGAAAUCCAAUUUAUC